AAGAAGUUAAGAAUUAGAACAGCAUCGCCCCUCCUCCGGGCGGCGCGAAAAGAACGGGGAAAUUUUUUUACAGAGAAAUAAGAAUGGCGGUCGGCCAGUUUCUCUUCUCAUCUCAUUCUCACGUUCUAUUUUCGCAGCAAACAAACAGAACAUUUCGAGCUCGAUCCUGUAUAAUUUAAUCGAACAACUACUCUUUUGUCUGUGUUCACUUCCAGCCGGCGAUUCUCCUGCUUUGACCUCACUCCAUUUGGGGCCUUUUAUAGGCGUUUCUGCCAACAAUUGGAUUGACACGCCGAGACCAUGGAUUACGCGGAUCCCGGAGUCGAAGAGGCCCGAUUUCUAGUCGAUAACGCGCCAAUUCGAGGCGCGGUGAAUCGUUCGAGAGACGUUCAUGUUCUGAGUUUUGCUUUCCUGUUGAUCUUCCUUGCUUAUGGAGCUGCGCAGAACUUGGAGAGCACUGUCAAUACUGAGGAGGAUUUAGGGACUACCUCGCUCGGAAUAUUGUAUUUAUCUUUCACGUUUUUCUCCCUGGUGGCUUCUUUGGUGGUUCGAGCACUGGGGGCUAAGAAUGCUUUGAUUGUUGGGACUACUGGUUAUUGGGUGUUCAUAGCAGCAAACUUGAAGCCAAAUUGGUUUACAAUGGUUCCAGCUUCUCUUUACCUUGGUUUUGCUGCUUCAAUAAUAUGGGUUGGGCAGGGUACAUAUCUCACUUCAACUGCACGUAAUCAUGCAAGAGAUAAUGGCUUACAUGAAGGAACUAUCAUUGGUAACUUCAAUGGAGAAUUUUGGGGAGUAUUUGCAAGUCACCAGGGUGGAAGAACUAGUGGCACAACUGUUUUGUUCAUUAUCUUCCUUUGCACUGUGACGUUAGGUAUAGCACUUAUGUGGUUCUUACGGAAGGAAGACAGUAAAGAAGACGAACCAUCAUUGUCCUCGUCCAGCCUACAUGCUUCUAUACUGUCUCUGUCAAAGUUAGUAGUUGCUCCAUUGACUGACGUAAGAAUGGUCUUGGCCAUUCCUCUGAUCGCAUAUUCAGGACUACAACAGGCAUUUGUAUGGGCUGCAUUCACAAAAUAUAUCGUCACUCCGUCACUUGGUGUGUCAGGGGUUGGUGGUGUAAUGGCAGUUUAUGGGGCCGCUGAUGCAAUUUGUUCUUUGGUGGCUGGUCGUCUUACAUCUGGUCUCUCAUCAAUCACUUUGUUUGUAUCUGGUGGAGCUGUCAUUCAAGCUAUUGUUUUCGUUUGGCUGCUACUGGGACAGAGUGGAGCACUUGGCGUUGUUCACCUGCUUCUUUUAUCAGCCUUACUGGGAAUUGGAGAUGGAAUUUUUAACACACAGCUGAACGCUCUUCUCGGAAUACUUUUCAAACAUGACACCGAAGGAGCGUUUGCGCAGCUGAAGGUCUGGCAGAGCGUGAGUACUUCAGCUGUCUUCUUUCUCAGUCCAUAUGUUUCGGUGCAGGCGAUGCUGGUGAYUAUACUCUCUGUUCUCUGCAUCUCGUAUAUUGGGUUUCUUACAUUAACCGUUUGGGUAGAGAAAUUAUUCUCAUCAAGAUUGUAAUGUCUAGACACAGAUAUGUGUGCCUAGAUUCAUGUCAUUUCUGCGUGAGAAAUCUGUUCUUUGGCCAACCAAUCUUGUGUAAAAUGCACCUAUUUAAUACAAACUUGAAACUGAAUGUUCUUUUCUCAAGAUCAGAAAGCUUCUUUAUCUAAACGACCUUUGGUG